AUGGAUAGCGAUGGGAAGAUGGUAGAGAGGAAGCAGCAGGGGGGUGAGGAUGGCGCAGGGGGGGAGAGCAGGCUUGCCCUGGCAGCCCGACAGCAGUGCGAGCUCAUCCAGAACAUGAUUGACAUCUCCCUGUCCAACCUGCGGGGGCUCCGCACACAGUGUGCCGCCUCCAACGACCUGACACAGCAGGAGAUCCGGACCCUGGAGGCAAAGCUGAUUAACUACAUAAGCAAGCAGCUACAAUGCAAGCUUCAUGUGCCUCAUGUUGAGAGAACAGAAAUACUGAACAGCUACCCAAGAGUCAGUGACUGGUUACACACUAUCAGUGUGAGAAAUGAAGUUGUCCAUAAAGUAUCAGAAGAAUUAACACUAGAUGCCUUAUUGGAAUUGAAUGAAUUAAAAGUAAAAGAAACCAUGAAGAAAUGUGGAGCCAACACAGAAGAAUGCUCCAGACUUAAUGGAGCUCUAACCUGCUUAAAGAAAUUAGCACGUUCAGGGGGGGACAUGAAAGAUACAUUAUGGAAUCCACCAGAGAUGAGGAAAGAAAGCUCUUCCCAAGUUCCGUCUGAUAUUUCCUCUCCCGUUGGAGCAGCAUGGACUCUUAACUCUCAGCCUCCGAAGACCAACAGCCACCAGCCUCGCUCCAUUUCCGUUUCUGCCAUCCCUUUCUCAGAAUCCUCAAGCCAAGGACCUUAUAUUUAUGCAGAGAACUUGCAGGACCCUUUCUCCUCCUCAACACCUAUCAGUAGGUUAACACUUAGGACUCCCCAUGGAUUUACAAUCACCCCUCCUACCACCCCACAGUUAAAGAGGGCCAUAAAAUUAAAGCCCCCUCGGACACCACCCCCUCCAGGCCGCAAAGUGUUUCAGCAAUUACUUCCCAACUUUUCAACGCUCAAAAGAAGCAAGUCUCAUGAAUCUCAGCUUGGCAACAGAAUAGAUGAAGUUCCUUCUCUUAAGUUCGAUCUCCCUCAAGGGUCCCCACAGAUGGUACGGCGAGAUAUUGGGCUUUCAGUUACACACAGAUUCUCUACAAAAUCCUGGCUUUCUCAGAUGUGUCAUGUCUGUCAGAAAAGUAUGAUGUUUGGGGUCAAAUGCAAACACUGCAAGUUAAAAUGUCACAAUAAAUGCACAAAAGAUGCUCCUUCAUGUAGAAUAUCAUUCCUUCCAAUAGCCAAAAUAAGGAGGACAGAGUCAGUUCCUUCUGACAUAAAUAAUCAGGUAGACAGACCAGCAGAGCCUCAUUUUGGAACCCUUCCCAAAGCACUAACUAAGAAGGAACAUUCUCCAGCAAUAAACCACCUUGAUUCAAGCAGCAACCCAUCUUCUACCACUUCCUCCACACCUUCUUCUCCAGCACCCUUCCAGUCUUCAAACCCCUCCAGUGCUAUAACACCCCCAAACCCUUCCCCAAUAGGCCCGAGGGACAGUCGCUUUAAUUUCCCAGAAGUAUCUGUCACUGCCCAAGCAUCGCAUGUUUCUGAGACUUCAGAGAACUCCAGUGCUGAGGCUGAAAUGGAAACUGAUGUGGCAGAAGAGCAAGAAGCUGAGGUGGAAGAGCAGGAUGCCAAUAAAUCUGAGCCAGAGUAUGACGAUGAUGAGCUUGAUGAGCUUCCUAACUCCAGAUACACAAGUGGAACUUUCAGGGGAAUGAUCAUCCGCAAGGCGAGCCAGACCAGUGUAUACCUGCAAGAGUGGGAUAUUCCCUUUGAGCAGAUAGAACUUGGGGAGCUCAUUGGCCAAGGCAGAUGGGGAAAGGUGUUUAGAGGCAAGUGGCACGGUGAGGUAGCCAUACGUUUAUUGGAGAUAGAUGGAAAUAAUCAAGAUCACUUAAAACUCUUCAAAAAGGAGGUGAUGAACUACAGACAGACGCGGCAUGAGAAUGUAGUUCUGUUUAUGGGAGCAUGCAUGCAUCCUCCUCACUUGGCCAUCAUCACCAGCUUUUGCAAAGGGAGGACACUUUAUUCAUUUGUGAGAGACCCCAAAACAUCCCUGGAUAUCAACAAAACAAGACAGAUUGCUCAAGAAAUUAUCAAGGGAAUGGGCUAUCUGCAUGCUAAAGGCAUUGUCCAUAAAGAUUUGAAAUCCAAGAAUGUUUUCUAUGAAAAUGGGAAGGUUGUCAUCACUGACUUUGGGCUGUUUGGCAUCUCAGGGGUGGUUCAGGAGGGAAGACGUGAGAAUGAGCUGAAAUUGAGCCACGAUUGGCUUUGUUAUUUGGCCCCAGAAAUAGUGCGUGAGAUGACUCCUGGAAAAGGUGAAGACACGCUUCCGUUCUCCAAAGCUGCUGACAUUUAUGCUUUCGGCACCAUUUGGUAUGAACUUCAGGCUAGAGACUGGCCCCUGAAAAGACAAGCAGCUGAGGCCCUAAUCUGGCAGAUUGGAAGUGGUGAAGGCAUGAAGCAAGUCUUGUCUACAAUAAGUUUAGGGAAAGAAGUUACUGAAAUCUUGGCUGCAUGUUGGGCUUUUGAUGUCAAUGAAAGACCAAGUUUUACACUCCUUAUGGACAUGUUGGAAAAGCUGCCGAAACUGAAUCGAAGAUUGUCCCAUCCAGGUCACUUCUGGAAAUCUGCAGACAUUAACGGUAGCAAAAUGAUCUCCCGUUAUUAAAAGUUUGGCCUGGUCAUCUUGGAGCAGGGUAGCCUACAAUGGAAUAUGUCAUUGUAAAUUCCCCUUCUAAAAGUGCAGCAAAUCUCCGAUUCGGACUUCAGCCAUAAGGCAGGCACAGUAAAUUGUCUCAGUAUUGGAUUUUUUUCCCUCUGUCACUGUAUUUUUAUUAACCCAUUCUGCACUGAGUAAGAGCACUGCAGUGCCUUGGCUACCAUUUCCAGCGCCGAAUGGCUUAAACCUUAACUUUAUGUUCUCUUCAUGUUGUUUACAUAUGUUUACAUACAAUUUUAGGCUUGUAAACUGUAUUGUAUCAAUGAAACUAAAUAAAUGUGACUGACUUUUUAUCUUCUGUAUAAGCUAUGAGAAGUGAAAGGAAAAACAAUUUUGUUCGUUUGUAAGCCUUUGGUGGGUAACCAUAAUGCUCCAGCAGUUACCUGCCUCAGGAUGCUGCAAAAUCAUUUAUUUGCUUUGACUUUAGUAAAAUGCUAGAAUUUCAUUAUCAUACAUUCAGUAUGAUCCCCAAUGAAAGCUAAAGAUUCCAACAAUAACUUUAUACAGAGGUUAUAAUUUACUUUUUGACUCAUAACGCCUAAUCUCUCAAACUCUUUUUGACAGACUCAGUAAAUUCUUUGCAGAAUUAAAUCAACUUAUUACAUACAUAAUUGGCUGUGAGUAAGAUAUAGAUCUCUGUACUGCGGAAGUGUGUCUUUCAUAGGAUUUUAUUACUUUGUAAACCUGUCUUCACAUAAUUAAUGUAACAUUUGGAUAGGUUCUUUUUUUUGGCUCCUGAUUACCCCCAACAGAGCUAGUUUGUUUGUGUUUCACAACCAACCAGUACAGAAAUAAUGUUUGUUUGGCCAGGGUUUCUUCUAAUUUAAGUCACCCUUUUACACUCCUGCAGUCAUUGCCACAUAACUAGAAUUAUGCUUUUUCAUGUAUGAAUGUAUUUUAAUACAAUGGUCAGAGGUAACAAAAUCCUUGUUGAAAUUCUAGAGCUGAGUUGGGUGUCCUAACUCUCUCUUUAUUAGAUUUUUCUUUAACAACAGUACAAAUGUCAUGAAAUUCACGGAACAGAGAAAGAGAGCUCUCAAGUGUCUUUUAAAUAAUUCUGUCAAAAUGACCCAUUUUAGAGAUGUACACUCACUAGGUUUUAAAUGCAGAAUAUACCCUAUAGCAUUUUGUGUGUGCAUGUGAAACGCCAUUUCUCUGUGUUUGCACACCCUCAAUUUUUUUUUUGCUCGUGUUCUAUAAUAUAAUAAUAUUAUAAUAUAAGUUAUCUGCAAAUAGUGUAACGUUUCCAAACGUUUCAAAUGUGUAUUUGAUUGCUCUGGAAAUGUGAGCAACUCACAACUACCAGCAGUAGGAAUUAGGCUCUACAGAGCACACAGCAUAUCUGCCUGAAGUUUGUUGUGUAUAAACACAACUUUGCUGAGAUUUGUUGAAUUUUUACACCUAGCACAAUAAUUGCAUGAAAAUGCACAAUUCUUAAUUAGAUUUUAAUAAGCACUCUGUCUCCUUAAAGGGGUGGUUUGCCUAUACAUUAACUUUUAGUAUAUUAUAGAAUGUCUAUUUUUAAGUAACUUUGCAAAAUGUCUUCAUUAUUUAUUUUUUCUAGUUUUUGAAUUAUUUGCCUUCCUCUGCUACAACCUUCCAGGUUUAAAAUGGGAGUCACUGACCCUGCAGCCAAAAACUAUUGCUCUGUGAACCUACAAUUUUAUUUUUAUUUUUACUUUUUAUUCCUUAUCUUUCCAUUUUUUGCCUCUCCUAUUCAUAUGCCAGCUAUCAUUCAAACUACUGUCUGGUUGCUAUGGUAAACAAGACCCUAGCAAACAUAUAGCUGCUGAUAUACCAAACUGGAGAGCUUCAAAACAAAAAUCUAAGUAAAUAAAGAAUAACAAUGUCUAUGUCAUACUACAUACUAAAGGUCAAUUUAAAAGUGAACAACCCCUUUAAUACAUGUUGAUCUUUACAGAGAUACUAAAAUCUCUAUAUCAGGGUUUCUAGGGCUGAUAAUAUUUGGGGAUCUUUUCAGAUGGCUGCAGAGUAUGAAAUCCCACACUAGAGAUUUUUUUCAGUCCAUAAUCUGUAAUUAGGUUUUGGGCUGAAAAGUGCUUGUACUGGCGCUGUCAGACAUUUCCAACUUUUUAGCCAGGAAAAGCACUCUUUGUGCCGUAAUGGGUCCAUGUGCUGUGAGUUUUGCAUGAUUCCCUUUAACACAGUGAAUGCUUUUCCUCUAAUAGAAAAUAUUAAAUGUGAAGUAAUUUUACCACCCAAAAACCUGAAUAAAGCACUGACCAAUAAAUUGGAUCUAAAUCCUAUAAAUCUAUGCAAACCUUUCAUAAACAUUUAUAAAUGAGAUUGCGUUUACCAGUACUGGGUUUUGAUGGUAUUUCUAUAUUUGGUUUAUAUACAUUUUUGGAGAAUAAAAAUUAAAACAUGUGAGACUUCAAAAUGCUAUCUAUUAAUGAAUACCUUGUUGGCCUAUUCAAAUGAUUACUUCCUUCUGCACAUACAAAUAAAAAUCAGAUUAUUGGAUGCAUUGGUGUCCUCCUACAGAUUAGUAUGACAUACUGUGCUUGGCUUUCUGCUUUUAGAGUGCACAGAUAAGUAAGUAACAAGUAAGUGAUUUAGCCAAAUUAGACUGCUAAACAUGAUGUUAGAGUGAUUGUUAUAAAGAAAGAGAACCCGUGUGUGUAGUCCCCAAGAGCUCAGAUUACUGUAGUUUUUGGCUUCUUUGCGUUGCAACAUUUGGUUGGGGAUAUAUGAAAACAUUGUAAGCCAUACAGCCAACACACCAAGACUAUAUAUCCAAUAAGAAUAUACCCAAAAUCCCAUUCUAACUGAUCUUAAAGCUGGGCUUCCAGAAGCACCUUGGAUAGACAUCAGGUAUCCUCCAUAAAUCUUAUCCUAAUUUUGCCUUCAGGUUGUGUCCCCAGCUACUGCCACGCAGUUUGAGAAAUUACUUAAUAAUCUGUACUCACACAUAAACCACAUAACUAAUUUCAAGGAAACAAUUUCAAAAUGUUGAUAAAGCAAAAUGUUAUAAUACAGUGGAGGCCAAGUAGGAGGCUCUGUAUUGGGAGAUGCAAAGAUUUGCCUUUUCCAAUAUACAGACUCUUGCUUUGAUAUAGCUGGAUGGACUGCAGCUUCAGCCAACAUUGAAGGUCAAUAAUUUAUAGUUUAGUGCUCUUAUGUAGAUGUGAGGAGUUCCCUGGAUAAGUAAGGAUUUCCUUUGUUCUGUAUAUAAAUCUUUUUAUUGAUAUAUGACACUCCCUCGGUGGGGCUGUUAAAGUUCCUAGGUGAAGGUGCAGCAAAGUACUACUUUAGAUAAGAAGUGUUUUAGGAGCAAUAAAAAGCAGUGAUAUGGGCAGAUAAAUAUAAUAAUAGACCUACAUAACAAAACUAGUUUUAUAUUAAUACACACUCACAAUAGAUCUCUGAUGUAUAAAUCCUAGUUUUAGCAAUAUUUGACUUUUAAAGAUUUCCCAUGUUUCUAACAAAUUAUCUGCUGAUUCACAUGGUCUAUGGAGAUGGAAUUUUCGCAACUAGAGUGGUCCAGGCCCCCUGUGACUGCGGGGUCUGCUUCCUUUAUUGUUACACCACUGCUUAUAACUUCAAGCACAUCUGUACACAUUUGCAAUAUAACAAUGAAAUCAGUUAGGAUUUUAUCCAUUUUUUAUUUUUAUUGUGUGUAGGUAUUUUAUUUAGAAACCAUAAAUGGUGGAAACAAUAUACAUAAUAUAUAUAAAUAUACUGUAAAUUGCACUUAACUUCUUACUACUGACUCACGUUAAUCUUCCAAACAAAUAUUACACAAGUCCUGAACUAUAUAGGUCACCUGAAACAAAUUUCACUUCCCCCCAUUUGUCAUUGCUUAGUGAUUCAGUCAGUGGCACAAAUCAUGUGAAUUCUAAACAAGGCACACAGAUGAGAAUGUUCCUGUUACAUGUUUUGUUUGCUGUAAAUGGGCUUUUGCCUUAUAAUGCCACAGCCACGUGGGUAAGUUAGUCAUCUGCUAGGGUCACUGUGUAGAGUUAGGGCAGCAAUCAGCUUUUGGCCUGGAGGCAGGGUGGGCAUAGAGGUGAGCCAGUCCUUGUGGCAUCACUGCUGGUGCUCUGGGAAUGCUCGCUAGAGAGCACUGCAGUAUUGUACUCAUUUGUUUAAUAUUCAGCAAUGAAAACAGCAAAUAUCACCAAAUAUUUCCGGGUAACGGAUGAGUGUUACUUUGGGGCAGGCCUGGACUGGGUUUCAAAAUAGGCCCUUGCAUUUUAAGUACGAAGAGACCCAAACAGCCCCCCCACCAGCCCUCUAAUCAGCGACUGUCUAUGGCACCUUACAGCAGCCCUUCUGGCAUAUACCACAAUCCACAGAUUGCCACCCUGCAUCUCUCAACCAGCUGUCUCAGGUGGCAUUCAUUCCUCUGGCUCAGCCACAUAGGGAAGUAGGCAGGGAUAUUCUGGAUACAUAAUAUCGAAACAAAAAGGCAGGCACUCCGGAACUCAAAUAAACAUCUGUAGUAGCUCAAAAAGGUUGAAGUAGAAUCAAAAAAUGUAUUUAAACUUAGUCAUAGGCAUAAUAUGUUGAGAUAAGUACCAAUAUUAAUUGCACACUGUAACUACUGUUUAAAAAUCAUAUAACUUAUUCUUCUACUUAUUUAUUACUAUAGGGUGUACAACGUAGUGUAGCAUUUAGCUACAGUAGCAUUUAUGUGUUUUUGGUUCCUGGACAUGUAUUUCCUGACCUUUUUAGUGAUUUAGUUUUGACAUGAUUUUUUUCAUUAUUAAUUUAGUCACUGGAUAAAAAAAUAAAUUUGUCUUACAUCAAGGCUUACGAAAUAGUCUAUGCAGAGGCUUUAUGUCCCUGCUUGUUCAUAGUGUAGACCUUUACCAUUUGCUUAAUAUAAAGGUACUUUUCACACUCCCUAAAUGCUAAUAUUACUAAGAGAAGGGUAAUCAUUUUUAAAUGCCACCUAUCUACCCAUUUAGUUCUAUAACUCGGGCAUAUUUUUGCUAAAGGCCUGUUUUCUUUGAGGUGUUUUAUUGAAGCUAGCCAUUGUUCAUUUCUUAAUGAGAAUAUAAAAUGCAGGUAUCAAGGCAAGAGUAAGUAUACUUUAGUAAAUGACCCUGGUCCUGAGGCAUUCGGAUUCCUGUACAUGUCUCACAGGUUAGGCUCAAAUCACUUAUGUGAAGUCUUCACAGCAUCAGCUGUUUCUGCAUUGUCUUUUUUACCAUAUACCCCUCUAUAGUAUAACAUAUUGCUUCUAUACUAAAGCUAAUUAGAUAUAGUGGUAAAUUUACAACUGAGUGCUGCAAAUCCUGAAUUUCACAUUUUUUAGACUGCGCUAGAAAUAAAGUGGGGCACAUCUCUCUUUAAACCAAGGAUAUACACGGAGCUGUGACUUGCAGCAUUUGGACAUGGCUUUAUCAUGUGCUGUACCUGGAUGCUUUAUUUUUCCAUUUAUUAUUAUACUGUCUGACUUGAUGCGAAUAGAAAUAUAUUUGUAAGAUUAAACUGCAGGCCUAUUGGAGCACUGACCAGUUCUUGGAUAAAAUAUUGCCUAGUCCUAGGAUAAUAUACAUACUGCUUUAAGUUUGGUUUGAUGCACUAGUGUGUUUUAUUUUUUAGUAGAUUUUCCCCACACUUUUUGAAAGACCACUAAGUUAAAUGUGACUAUUGUUUUAGUAAUCUUUCCAUAUUGUGGUAUAGUAAGGGAGUGAAUCAAAACUGUAAAAUCUGUGUCCUUUUAGACAUGUACAUGUAGAAAUGUUUAUUUUGGCUGUACAAUACUGCUCUAUUGGCUGAGACUUCAGUGCUAGAUGUAAAUGGAGUCUGUACUAUGGUGUACUGGACACGUAUCUUUUUGAAUGUGUUGUAAAAUUUUGUACAGUAAAAUUUUUAUAUUUUCUAUCAAAUGAGUUUGUCUUCCAGAAUUGCUAUUAAUUUAAUGAAACUGUUAGUAUUAACAAAGGUUCUGUAUUAGUUAUGCAAGCAGCAGAAGUGCACUCCAAUGCUAAUGAAAUUUUGGGUAUAUAGGAUUCUGUAACGUCAAUAAAUUCUCUCUGAGAAAACAAA